AUGAAAAAAAUGGAAAGGAAUAAGGGAAUGUACGGGGUUGGACAUUAUAGAAUUUAGCCGCAUGCAAAUUGCAAAACGGCGCCGUGGAUCGGCCUUGUUGAAAUUGGCCAUGUAAGUGGCAAGUGGUAGCAAGUAGUAAGUAGUAACGCGCACAUUGGCCCUCGGUCUGUAUCGGUCGCGGCGCUUCCGUUCGACUAAAACGACAAGAGACAGAAAUCAGAAAAUCAGAAAGAAGAAAUUUGACAAACUAUGGUGUGGGCUCUCUUUCCUGUAGACCCUGUCUCAGGUGAGGAUAAGUACUAUAUAUUUGCAAGGGGAACUUACAAAGUUGGUCGCAAAGGUUGUGACGUAAUUAUUAACAAAGACAAAGGAGUUUCUCGGAUCCAUGCAGAAAUAGUUGUUGAUGCACUGAAUUCUUUGAAUCCCCUGAAUAAAAGACCUUUCAACACUUUGUCUAAAGUUAGGAUUAGAGAUUGCUCCAAAUAUGGAACAUUCAUUAACAAGAAUCUGGGGCAAAAGGAAAAAGUUCAUGAGCUCCCAAAUAAGGAAACAACUUUAGAAGAUGGGGACCUGGUUUCUUUUGGAACUGGUAAUGCAACCUACAGGUUUUGUUUUGUUCCUCUCAUAUUUUUUGUUUGCUCGGAGUCCUCCCAAGUGAAUCAACCCCUUCAAGACAAAAUUUCAGCAAUUGGAGCUCAUAUUACUCACAGCCUAGCUCAAGAGUGCACACAUGUGCUUGUUGAUCAACUCAGGCCAGUGAAAGAAGAUGUGCUUGAUGCCAUUGUAUCAAAAAAACCUAUUGUUCUUAGUAGUUGGGUUGAGUUUGUUGCAGAAAAGAACAUUCGCACUGAAAUUCCUAGCUGCAGUUCCUAUGCUCCAAUGUUGACAGUAGAAGGAGAAUCAAUCAAAGUUGCAGACCCUAAAUCUCGUGAAAACUGUUUGGAAGGAUAUACUUUUUUAUUGGAAGAGACAAACAUGUACAAGUUCAGGGAUCGGUUGCAGUCCUUAUUGGAAGUGGGUGGUGCAAAGAUUGUUUCUGUAUCAGGCUUUUGUUCAAGUAGCCAAGACUUGGAAUAUGGAGAUAAUAAUCGUAUGGUUUGUGUUAUCCCUGGAGGAUCAACAGAGCAGUCUGAUCAACUCAAAAAACUCAGUUCGUUCUCGCGAGUAAAUGAGAUGGAUUUAAUACGUGCUGUUUUAACUGGAUGGCUGAAUCCAUCCUUUUUGAUAUCAGCAUGCGUACUUGUUUCAUCUUCAUGCUCCACAGACGAAACGGUGGUAGCAGAUUCUGAUUUAGAGGGGGAAACGGCCACAUCAAUUCAGGCAAAUGUCACAGUCUGCACUGAUGAAGCCAUUAAAGUUGUGAGCAAAGCUGAAACAUCCAUGGCUUCUGAAGAACCCAUCAAAUUUGUGAGCAAAGAUGAAGUCAUUAAAGUUGUGAGCAAAGCUGAAACAUCCAUGGUUUCUGAAGAAGCCGUUAAAUUUGUGAGCGAAACUGAAACGGUCAUAGAUCAUGCUGCCAUCAAAUCAAAGGAUAUCUGUGGUACAAGCUGCAGAGACGUUAGUUGUGGUAUUACAGUCAAAAUAGACAAGGGUGAUGAGUCUGAAUGCGGAAAUUCAGAUAUACUUUUCAGCCAAGAUUUAGUUGUGCGAGAUACGAACAUACCUUCUCGCUUCAGUACAACCACCAACAAUGGAGUUCUAAAUUUCAAACGCUUCAGAAAGACAAAUACUCAAUCUGGGAAUAGCUUCAACAAUCUAAUUCCAUUUUCGAAGCACCCAUAUAAAGAUUCUGAUGGUGGGAAUGAGGAAAUGGUUGAGUCUGUAAAAGAAGAGAAAAAGCGAAAGCAAAUGGAAGCUAUUGCAGAGGACUUAUUUAACAACGAGAAGGGAAGGAAGCGUGGUGUAGCUGGUUCUCUUCGUGGGCUUCUUACUCGUGGUUAGCGAAGUUGGAUCGCUGGGUUGGCCAAUCUUCAAUUGCUGCUUUUAUCAUGAUCUGCUUUAGCCAUGAGAAGGCAAGUUCUCUGGCUUAUGGCUCAGCUGAUUACCACCAUAGUCUCUUUUUUCAUCAGUGUGCAAUCUGUGGCUUAUCAAUCAGCUAAGCAUGUGCCUGUUGGUGCAUUUUCCCUCGUUUUCCUUUAUCCUCUAUUCUUAAUUUUCCCUUUUUCUUUUUUAAAAUUUAUAUUUCUCUCUCUUUUCAGUAAACUGAUGCUCUUGUGGUUAUCUUGGCCUGUAACUAAUAUGCUCUGGCAAUAGAAAAAAGAAAAAGAAAACUAAUUUGCUCUGUACAUGGUAUUGAUAUAGUUGUCUGAACAAAGUUCACCACUUUCAAAUUUGUAAGUUAUCACAUAUCUCUUCUCAAGGAUUAUCAUGCUGUAAAUCAUAAAUGCCAUUUCUUCCUUACUGCUGAA